AGGAGAUCUAUGCAAUUUUGCCUCGCAAGUAAUCGAGGCGAAGAAGAACUCGAUCGAUCGAAACUUCACGUUACCGUCCUCGUCGCCUUCUCUGAUCGCAAUCGGAUUCCAUGGCGACGACCGGGAACAGCAGCAUCAACGCCAAGCUCGUCCUGUUAGGUGAUAUGGGCGCGGGGAAGUCCAGCCUCGUUCUUCGGUUCGUCAAGGGGCAGUUCCUCGAGUUCCAGGAGUCCACUAUUGGCGCGGCAUUCUUCUCGCAGAUGUUGGCGGUGGGUGAUGCCACGGUGAAGUUUGAGAUUUGGGACACGGCCGGGCAGGAGAGAUAUCACAGCUUGGCUCCCAUGUACUACAGAGGAGCCGCGGCGGCGAUCAUCGUAUAUGAUAUCUCUAGCUCGGAAUCAUUUGAGAGAGCAAAAAAGUGGGUGCAAGAGCUGCAAAAACAAGCUAAUAGGGACGCGACAAUAUUAGGUAAUCCAAAUAUGGUGAGAGCUCUUGCAGGAAAUAAAUGUGAUUUGGAGGAUAAAAGAAAGGUGACAACUGAGGUUGACCCUUUGCAGACAGAUAUCACAAGGGUGCAUCACGACUUGGGCAAUUCUAGUUAAGUUUGUGACAUUUGGUAUCGGAGUAGGCAAGCGAUUCGAGCAAACAACAAAAGUUCACACACUCGCCAUGGCGAAUCUAGUAAGACUACUAAGGGGGCAACUUCCUAAAGUGGCCAUUGGGGGAUUGUAAGUGUAAACAUGCUCUUAAGCUGUUGGAGUCGCUUAUGAGGAGCAUGAUUGCUAAAAUGGUGACCAAGAAGUUGGCAAUUUUCCACGAGUAGAGAAAGCGCAAUUCGAAAUGCCGAUGGUGGGAAAAGAAAAGGACCAUAAGGAGAGUUUUGCAAUAGCGGAAACCCGCCUCGAUGUCCUCGAAACAAGCUUGGAGGAACUCUACCAAGGCUAACAACGACUUCUUGGGUAGAUAAUUUGCAAGAGGCAAAAUCUUGGAUUGACAUAAUGGAGUCUCGAGUUGAUCGACUAACGAAAGAUUUUGCAAGAGGCAAAAUCUUGGAUUGACACGGGAGUGUCUAAUUUGCUACAAUCUGCUCAUAUGGAUCAUACUGAUAAUAUGAUAUUUUUUUCAGCCAACAAUAUUGCUACAUAAUCUUCAACUCAGCCUACUC